AUGGAAGUGCUGGAUGAGGCCGGAAAGGAAGAGGCUGAGCGCAAGGUGCGAGAGGAGGCUGAGGAGGAGCGAGAGGCGCAGCUUGCGGCCUCCAAGCUCGCAGUGCUCUUCGUGGUGUCGCCGGAGUCCUAUGCCAAGAGCGCGAAGGUGGCAGACAAGGCAAACCGGUACCCCUGA